GCACAAUUGAGUUUCGACGAGAAACUCGUUUCUAAAAAUGUGCUUCAAAUUAUCAGCGCAUGCAUAGUGUAAUAUGAUUUAAAGUAUUUAAUAUUUAGUCAAUGUGUUUCAAAUUGACAUAUCUAAUUGAUAUUUGAUCUUUUAUAAAUAAAACAACUAUUGAAUAUUUGAGUGUAAUUAACUACAUUAUUCUUACUACGAAAAAAUUAAUUAAUUUUAUUAGUAAUACAUUUAUUUUGUCAUGAUUGUUACAUCAAAACACACGAUCCAUUCAUCAUUUUGACUGACUAAUUACAAAAACAUACCUAUUCUACCACUAGCUGCAGCUAAUUCAACACAGUUCUCUGAUAACCAAUGUAAGAUAACAUUUUUACACAUUCUUAUUUCUUUGUAUAAAAUAAUUAUAUUUGAAUUAUACUAAAAUAUUUGUUUGGUUUCAUUUUUUAAAAUUCCAGCUGAAAACUUGCUGGAUUAUAUAAAAACUCCAUCAUCAUAAAUACUUAUUACAUUGUAGUAAUGGGUAUUUUAAAUGUAUUAUGGAAUAUUACAAAAUGGUUCACUGACAAGACUGGUAUUACAAGACCUAAGGAAUCAUUAAAGCGUAAAAAUGACGAAUGUGAAAUCAUAAGUAAUAAAAAAAUGCGAAUGGAAGAUAGUCUUGUAGAAGUAGUUGAAAUUGGCGAUGAAUCCCUUACUGAAGGCGAAGAGGUGGAAAUUAUUGAACCUGGACCAUCCGAUGUACCACUCAGAGCUAACCCACCUCUUAUUCUUGAUGGCAGACUUAAUCAAAAUCAAAUCAUGUCACCAAUAGAUCUAACUGAAAGUAGUGAUGAAGAGAACAUAAUUAAAGUUGAUGGAUCAAGUAGUUUGUCAAAUCAACUGUGUUUAAAUGGUAAUGCUAGUAUGAAUAAAAACACAAGUAAUAGUUUUGAAGAUAAAUGCACACUUACAUCAUCAAUUAAAGGUAAAAAUAUUUAUUCAUUUAAACAUUUAUUUUUUAAUAAAUAAUUUAAUUUUAAUUUACAGAAACUAGAAAUUUGAAUUUGAGUAUGGAACGUAGGUUUUCUGCAUUAAAAAUGAAUGAUUCUUCAGUUGACGAAAACACAAAUAAAAUAUUGACAAAAAUUAUAAAACAUUUGAUUUUACCAAAAGUUGAAACCAUAGAAACACCAAUUUCUAUUUCAAGACCUAUGUUAAAUACUCAAAACAAACAUGAUUCAAAUCAAUUUAACUUACCUCAAACAUCUAGUAAAGAAAAUUCUGUAAUCCCUGAACUAAGCUUUCACACAAACAGAGUUAUCAAACAUGAGUGUUUUUAUGAUCGUAUUUUAAGAAAAUUUAAAGAAACCCAAGCAGCCGUUGCUUUAGCUACUCCUAAAGUUCAACACAAAUCACCUGAUGAAAUAUUAAAUGAAAAACUUGAAAUUAUGCAUGAACAAUUAAACAAAAUUAAACUACCAAUAAGAUCAAAAGAUGUUUUCCCUGGUUAUUCUAAUGAUAAAAUUGAGUUUAUUAAAUGUGAAAUGAGGAAACCAAAUGGAUAUAUUACAAAAGGACAAAAUAUUAAAUUAAGUGACUUAAACACAGUGUUUUCAUCAAAAGCUUGGUUAAAUGAUGAAGUUAUAAAUCAUUAUAUGAGUAUGAUUGUUGAGCGAGAUCCAGAUUCUUUACAUAUGUUCAAUACAUUUUUUUAUUUUAAAUUGAGGUAAAUUAAUAAAUUUAAUAUUUAAAUAUUAUUUUUAUUUUAUUAAUCUAUUGUUUUUUUAUAGUGAUCAAGGAUAUAAAUCUGUAAGUCGUUGGUCCAGAAGAAAAGAUAUAUUUAAAUGCAAAAAAAUAUUUAUUCCCAUUCACUUGGGCAAUCACUGGUGUCUCAUAUAUGUUGAUUUUGCUGAGAAAUCCAUAAAAUACUAUGAUAGUUUAGGAGGAACAAAUUCUAAAUGUUUAAACAUUAUUUUUGGUUACUUAAAAGAAGAAUAUGAAAACAAGAAAAAUGAAAAAUUCAACUGUAGUGGAUGGAAUUUAGUGAAUAUUGGUGAUUGUCCAAUUCAAAAGAAUAGUUAUGAUUGUGGAGUAUUUACUUGUAUUAAUGCAGAAUAUCUAUCUCGUGAUGCAAAAUUAGAUUUUACACAAGCAGAUAUGCCUAAGUUAAGAUAUAGGAUGUGUUACGAAAUAUUAAAUAAUAAAUUAUGCUAUUAAAUCACAUAAAAGUAUCCUAUAUUUUUUUUUAAUUUACUGUAAACUAUUAUAGUUAAGUAAUAGUAGCCAAUAAGUAAGACAUUCCUCUACUAUCUUAUGCAUUUAUGAUUUUUUUUUAAAUUUUUUAUUAAGGAUAAAAUUAAAUAUAUUUAGAAAUAAUAUUGAACAUAAUAUAAAUUAUUAUUAUUAUAUUAAUAUUUAAUACAAUUAUAAUAAGUUAAAAGAUAAUUUUCAGUAGCUCAGAUUUAAAAUAUAUUUUUUUAACAUGGCUACAUUUUAAAAUUAUAUUAUUGUAAAGGCUGAUUAAAUAAUUUAAUAAAUUUUAUUGUGUGUUCAAUAUUAUUUUAAGUAAAUAAUUCAUUUAUUUUUUAAAAUGUAAACAAGUUGUUUUACUAAAAUAUACUAUUAAUUAUAAUUAUUUUUAUUAAUUGAUCAAUAUUAUUCUUAAUUUCUAAAGUCCUUGUACAUAUUAUGUCAUACAAUUAACAUUUGUUGUGAAAACAAUAUAUUUUUAAAUACUAAAUAGCCUAAUAAGCUAAACCUGUAAUAGUUUUUACAUUUUUAAAUCAUAAAAAUAAAGAAAAAUUUUGUUGGAUC